UGCGACAGGAUUGUUAUACCCACAUUGAAGACAAUUGAAAUUCUUUUCAGCAAAAGGAUGUUGUUGGAUAUUGAGGCUCAUACUUCGGUUGUCUGUUCCGGUGUUUUGGAUUCCCUGGCGGUUGAAUUGAAAGCGUCAAAGGACUUCUCCAAGUUAUAUGCAGGCAUAGCAAUACUUGGUUACAUUUGUGCAGUUUCCGAUCCCAUCUGCUCCCGUGCCUUUUCUCAUCUUCUCACGCUCCUCACUCAUCGGUACCCUAAGAUUCGCAAAGCUGCUGCGGAACAAGUUUACCUCGUCCUGCUGCAAAACGAGAGUCUGGUGUCGGAGGAAAAUACGAAAAGGUACUCCAAAUUGUUUCAGAAACUUCUUGGGAUGCUAAAAACUACUUCAAAUGUAACAUCAAGCAAAGCUGGUAAGAAGUCAACAACUGUAGAUGAAAAUGAAUCCUACUCUUCAAUAGUUGAGUCCACUGGGUUUUGA